UUAUUUAUGAUUAUUUAUGUCUUUCUUAGGCUGAAUAGCUGUAACUUGUCAGAGAGAGCAUGUGAAGCUCUGUCCUCCUCUCUUCAACUAGAAGACUGUGAGCUCAGAGCUCUAGACCUGAGUAACAACAACCUUCAGGAUUCAGGUUUGACAGUACUGUUUUCUGGACUGGAGACUGGAAACUGGAAACUGGAAACACUCAGAUUGAGUGUCUGUAAUCUCUCAGAGGGAAGCUGUGAAACUCUGUCUUCACUACUCAGCUCCCAGCCCUCUAGUUUGAGACAGCUUGACCUGAGUAACAAUGACCUGAAGGACUCUGGAGUGAAAGUUUUGUCUUCUGGACUGAAAAGUCCAUAUUGUGAACUGGAAACACUCAGGCUGUCAGGCUGCCUGAUCACAGAGGAAGGUUGCAAGUCUCUGGUCUCAGCUUUUAGCUCCAGUUCUUCCCAUCUGAAAGAGCUGGACCUGAGCUACAAUAACCCAGGAGAGGCAGGAGUGAAGAUGCUUGAGCAGCUAAGACUGGACACUCUGAGGGUGGAGCCUGCUGAAGUCCGAUGGUUGAGACCAGGUCUGAGGAAGUAUUCCUGUCAACUCACAAUCGACACAAACACACUACCUGGACAAUAA